AUGGCUUGUUUAAGUCUGGAUGGGACUGUGAAAUUCGUAAACUCCUCCAUUCGUCCGAAAGCCGAGACUCACUUCAGAAAACGCCUCGACUAUACCGCAAUGGCUCUCGUCUCCGUUUGCGGCAACCGUAUGACGAGGGGAAUGAGUGCUCCCGCCUCUGCUCCAGCCGUUUCGAAGAGACCCAAGUCGACCAAGCCUAAGAUCCGGGUAAUCGACAUGGUGGAGUUCUCCAUCAACGCCGCGAAGGACCGCAAGGGCACGCCAUCUCCGAUCUUCAAGAAGUUCACUACCGCCAACUACGAGGUUGAUGUCGAGAGACUUGGCCCGCACAUCCGUCGUGGUAUCGUUCAUGCCGUCGAGAGAGCUGUCCUUGUUCGCGUCGGUAACAAGGGCAAAGGUGUGUCCGAGAGCUUCAAGUUUGCCGAGACGAAGGCCGCCGUUGCCAAACCUAAGCCUGUCAAGAAACCCAAAGUAGCCAAAGCUAAGAAACCUUCAGUCCCGAAGGAUGAAUGA